AUGGCUCGUAUCAAAGACCUGAAUGCGCACGAGGUCCCGCCCGAGGCGAUUCGGCUGCGCUACAAACAUUACCACAAGGCUUCGCUCGUGGACAUCAACGCGGACCUGGCCAUUGUUGAUUUACAGGCGCUGGAUUUGGAGAAUUUACCAACAGAGGUCUCACUUGUUCGACAGAUAUCACCGGCUGAUCUUGAACCGGCUUUUGCCAAGUUCUUCGACCAAUCCACACGUGCCGACGAACCACUCCCGCAGAGUAUCCCCGUUUAUACUCAUCAAUCGGUGACUGGUCUACUGAUGGUCCCGUCUCUGUUCCCACCAUCAGUUCAAGUCGAGCUGCUCUCCCGCUUGCUCCACCGGGACCUGCCAAACAGCGACCACAAGACCAACCUGCAUCUUCAUUACGACGUGACCUACCCUGUAAAGAUAGAGGACGGCGUCAAGUACCAAACUAAGACCCCGAAGGCCACACCGAGAGAACAACCCCUCUCCUUCUUCGAAGAUGACCAGACACGUAUCUUUCGACCGAAAGAUCCCAACGUGCACAAACCAUUCACGAUGCAGACCACCCUAACCAAGAAGCUCCGGUGGGUCACCCUCGGCGGGCAGUACGACUGGACCGCCAAGGUAUAUCCGUCCGAGCGUCCACCGGCCUUCCCAGAGGACAUUGCCUCCCUUCUCCGUGCAGCUUUCCCCGAAACAGAGCCUGAAGCCGCAAUCCUCAAUCUCUAUUCACCAGGGAACACUCUAAGCCCGCAUCGCGACGUCAGCGAGGAGUGCGAUGCUGGUCUGAUCAGUGUGAGCUUCGGCUGCGAUGGCUUGUUUCUCAUUAGCCACGACAAUGGGGAGGGGUGUGAGGUUAUCCGGCUGCGUUCGGGCGAUGCGGUGUAUAUGGAUGGAACGUCCCGCUUCGCGUGGCAUGCGGUACCGAAAAUUAUACCGAGCACUUGUCCGGCCUGGUUGCAGGAUUGGCCCUGUAUUGAUGGUGAUGAGAGUGUGGAGCGCUACGAAGCUUGGAAGGGAUGGAUGGCUGGGAAGAGGAUUAAUUUGAAUGUUCGACAGAUGGUCGCCGAGCAGAAUUAA